AUGGCGACAAAGGCCGUACUCGACAUCAUGCAAGGCGUGCUGGUGUCGUUCGGCACGAGCAUGGCGACGGCAACGAGGGAGGAGCAGCGCACGUGGUGGGCGGAAGACGCCACGUGGCGAGCGGAGGACCUGGACUGGCGGGGAGAGGAGAAGGCGGUUUACGAGGCGGAAGGCGAACGCAGGAUACGAAUGCGGAAGUUCGUGGAGAAGAAUCGGCGUGACGUAGAGGAGAAGACGGAGCAACUGAAGGCCAUAUCCAGCAUCUCGGCUCUCUUUGGUCUCUGUGCCACAGUCACGCUUACCCAGCUCAGCCUGGAUAAGGAGGGAGAGACUACCGCACCUAUUGGCUUGAUUGCUUUAUAUGCACUCACAACAGCACUCGUGGAGGGCCUCAUGAUUGUCUCCAUGGUCACCUGCGCGCUGCUUCUAGGAAGCAUCUUGAAGGUCGGCAAGACCUUUGUGAGCGAGCGGGAGGAGCAGGAGUUCAUGGCGGCGUGCCUUCGCUUCUGCGCGCUCUACCAGCGAGGCGACCGUCCUCCCCACCCCCGCAAGUCCUUUGAGGCCUUCUGGGCUUCCAGGUGA